GCGAUGUUUGAAUCUAAAGAAUAUGUAUCUGUUGGAGGUCAACGUCUAUGGGAAGUGUCCAGACAGUGAGCCUGCCAGACGCCUUUUUGACAUGCAUUAUACCAACUUUGAAGAGCUAUCGAUUAACAAGACAACCUUUUUUAAUCUGCCAAACAGUACAUGCACUCCAGACAAGCGAGUCAACUUACUAUGUGUCCGUAAAGGCGGAAGAGAAGAUGAUAAAGCCUGGCAUCAUAUCUAUAGUCUGAGCAGUAUUAUUUAUUCAAGAACCAGCUGUCAACAAUUAUCUGAAGAAGCAACAGCCAAGAUCAAGUCUUUUUAUGAGUCUCCGGACAGUGUUGAGAUACCGGAUUCUACUCGGUUUGAGAAUGGAUGUGUUAAAAAGGAGUGCUGGUCAUCAGACCUUAUUCGAGGCUAUGUUUUAAUUGAGUGUGGAUCGGUACAGCAACUGGUAAUAGAAUAGAUUACUAUGCCUAGAGUCACCGUGCACGAUUCUGUGUAACCAUUCACGAUCGUACAACUGGUAAAAAAAAAUUCGACAGCCAAAGAAAAAAGAAAAAAGAAGAUUGGAUCUCCAUUUCAUGCCGCUAGUUCCUGUGACUGUGCUAAAGGAGAAACCCUUUUUUUAUGUGUAAAAAGGUGCUUGGGAGGGAGUUGCUGCCGUUUGGCAAGCAUAUUACGUAAGCGUAGAGUGGAUCCAGGUCCACGUUGAGUUGGUGGCUUGAUAAGUGACUUCUUGGAUGGUGGUUCAGACACCGGGGUUUCCCUGGGAGAUGGUCGUACACUCACAGAGGGCUUAAUACUAAUCGUUGGCUUAAUACUCAUUGAAGGUUUGAUUAUCGUCACAGGUUUGAUACUUGAUGACGGGCGAGGGGUCGAUCGUUUAGAAGGAACAGGAAAUAGGACAGAAUGUUCUGGCGGAGUUAUUGGAACAGAAGUACGUCUUAUGGUCCGUGGGAAGGAGUCUGGGGGUGUUUGUAGAGAGAUACGGGUGUUGCGUGCUGUGGCAGACGCUGAAGGUGUGGGCGAGCUCUUUCUAGACUGACCGUCGAUUGAGAGUCGCUGAGGAUGAACGGGCAACUAUUUAGAAGGCAAAAAAAUGAGGGGUGGGAAUUAAACAUGAUCUAUAAUAUUGAGACUUGC